AAAAUUGAAUCUCAGUAGACGAAUUGUUUACAAAUGGUGGAGAGAUUUUUUCCGACGAAGCUGAGCAACGGCGACGUGAAUCGCCGGCGGGAUAAUCUUACUCUCCUCUCCGGUCCAGUUUCCUCAGGCAAAACCUCUCUGCUUUUUCAGUUAGCUCUCAAUGUCGCGAGUGCUUCUACAGACUCUCGCGUCGUCUUCAUCUGUCACCGGAAAAAAAUCGAAUCCAAUCCUCCGUUUCUCUCUCAGGGAAUCGAUCCUUCUUCUGAUGUAUUCAAUCGAAUCCAGAUGAAAUAUGUGGAUAAUGAUGAAGAAAUCAGGAAGUACUUUGCUGCGUUUCAUCUUCAUCAUGUUGUUGAUUCACCAUCUGCUGUUAUAAUCGAUGAUUUUGGUGAUUACUUUACCCAAUUGAACUCGGUAACGAGUUCUCGGGCUAGAGACAUGGCGAUGGUUCGGACUCUUGCUCUAUGCCACAAUGCUAUAGUUGAUGCUAAGAAAGCCUUUUGUGAGCUUGUUUUAUCUGAGACUAACCAUGGAGAUUCCCCGAGGUCGUUGUUCAUAUACAAACGAUGGAUCACGAAGAUCUUUACGAUAAAAGGUCAUGGUCAUGGUGAUGGUUCGUUUCUCUUGACAAGUAAUGGUGAAUCCGAGAAAAGUGCCAAGUAUUCGAUCGCGCUGCAAUAUCUCAUCUUGGAGCAGAUGAUUGUAUGAUAGUUGUUAGUUAAGAGAUUUUUGUGAUUUAUGAUAGGUCUCUGUUUCUUGUUUAUAUUUUAGGAACUUUCAUUUCGUUUAGGUUUUAGAUAUAUCCAAGCAUAUUCCAGUCUAAGCUGUUCCAUGUAUCUACAAACUAUCUUUCUACUCAGAUCAUUUCCAUCAGAUUUUGACAAAGUAGAAUUCCCAAACUUCUUCAAAGAGAAGAUAAACAUAAGCUAGAUUAAAGGUUUGGAAGGGUUCCGGCUAAAUCUUUGGCACGAUCACGUUCAACAUCGAAAAGAUGGAACGCUCUCUAUUGAAAUCUGGGAGCUUUGCUAAGAUACACUCUGCUAAUGCACCAAAGGAGUCUCUGAUUAUCAUGUUGACGUGUUUUAGGCCAAUCUCCGUGGAACUGACAACAACGUUCCCCCAUCUGUUAAGGUAGUAUCUCAAUUCUACUCUAAAGAUCCGAAGUUCAGAUGUUCAAAAAUUUAUAUGUACGUAAGGUCUUUCACUGUGACGGCGUAUUGCUAUGCACCACCAAGGAAGAUAGAAUCGUGGUUUGGAAUCCUUGUUCAGGAGAAACCAAGUGGAUUGAACGUAGACACAUCUUUUACAAGGAAGCAGACUACUAUGCUCUCGGUUACGAAAACAAUGACUCCUGCAAGAAAUAAAAAGUCUUGAGGAUGGAUCAUAAGCUCUAUAUUCGUGAUAACUACAAUUAUGAGUACAAAAUCUAUUACGUUCACUAACGAUUUUUUUAAGGUUUGUUGGUAAGACUACGGAAUGGCAUUUACAAGUAGUCUCACGACGUGUCUGUGAAGGGAAAUACAUAUUGGGUUGCUUCUAGUAAGUGUCAGCCAUCUCAUGAAUUUUUACUAAGUUUUGAUUUCUCAACAGAGAAAUUUUGAAGUCUGUCUCUUCCUCAUGAAUGUCCUCGUGGUGUUAGUGGUUGGAGAAGAUCAACUUUGUCUGUAUGGGUGACAAAAAUUAGUAUUGAACCAGUUGUGUCGUGGAGUCAAGUUCUUAAAAGUGAAUGUUGUCGUUAGUCUUAAUAGAGAAUAUGACAUUUCUGAUAAGGUGAGUUUCUUGGCUGACGAGAAGAACGAACCUGUCUUGUGUUGUAAUAAGUACAUACAAGUGUAUCCUAAUAGUCGGAA